CCCACAACAGCAACGAGAUCACACCGAGACACGGCUGUCGGAGGCAGAGAGACGAGCUGGGCCGUCCGCCGUCGUGGCUUCGGAAGAGAGCGACGUCGAGGCUAACCCGUGGAUUACUCCCGGCCUUUCGGAUGCCCGCCUGGGAGAACAGCGCAUCCGCUAUCUACGAGGUGACCCAUGGGGUGUGAAUCGCUGCCCGAUGUCGGCGCUGCGGCAGUGACCCGGGGGGACACACACCUUCCCUCGUGGGACGCAGGUGCCCGUGGGCAUGGAGCGGAGUUUCCUAAGCGGCAUUUGAGGUCUGGUCGCCGCGGUGGCUCGGAGGCGCGGAGGCCAGCGCGAUGGAGGAGGACACUGAACUGAGAACCGACGGAAACUCACUCUUAAAGGCUGUGUGGCUGGGGAGGCUCAGGCUGACCAGACUCCUCCUGGAAGGGGGCGCUUACAUCAACGAGAGCAAUGACAAAGGCGAGACGGCUCUCAUGGUGGCCUGCAUCACCAAGCACGUGGACCAGCAGAGCAUCAGCAAGUCCAAGAUGGUCAAGUACCUGCUGGACAACAGGGCGGACCCCAACAUCCAGGACAAGUCUGGCAAGACGGCCCUCAUCCACGCCUGCAUCAGGAGGGCCGGGGGAGAGGUGGUCUCCCUGCUCCUGGAGAACGGCGCGGACCCCAGCCUCGAGGACCGCACGGGGGCUUCGGCUCUGGUUUACGCGAUACACGCGGAUGACAAAGACGCCCUGAGACAUCUCCUCGACGCCUGCAAAGCCAAAGGGAAGGAGGUGAUUAUCAUCACGACAGAUAAAUCAUCAGCGGGCGCCCAAACCGCCAAACGGUACCUUAACGUCCCUCCGUCACCCAAAGUGGAAGACAGUCAGUCACCUCCACUGUGUGCGUCUCCCUCGGACAUCGAGCUGAAGGCUCCGGGCCUGGGCGCUCCGCCCAGCGAGCGGGAGGACGACUUCUUCAGCGUCCAAACGGGGCAUCCGAGUGGUUGCCACACCGCCAAGGCUCUCAACGAGCCUGGGUCACCCACCAGGAAAGUUGGGAACCUCAAGAGAGCCCGCCUGCCCCAGCUGAAGAGGCUCCAGUCCGAACCCUGGGGCCUGAUUGCGCCGUCCGUGCUGGCUGCUAACGUGCGUCAGGACGACGCCCACGGCGCGGGCACAGACAGUGAGGUCAUCAAGAGCAUCAGCGACGUGUCCUUCCCCAAAAGGGGGCCGCUCUCCAGAGCCAGCAGUAUUGACGGCAAAGACCCCGCCCUGUUCCCCACAUUCACAGAGCAGAUUCUGAAGAUCCCAGCCUCGCCGGCACCCGCAUCCUGGAAGGCCGCCUAUGACAAGGGCCAGGCGUCCCACCCUCGUGUGGCCAGAAGAGGGACUCUCCCUGUGGAGCAGGAGAAGGCUGGAGUCAGUCCAUCAGUGUCCCGCAAGCGGCUGGAAAAUGACCCGUACGAUUUCGAUCUGCAGCCAGGGGCUGACCAGCUCAAUCCCGUCUCCCUGGAGUCGGGCAAAGGGCCCCUCGAGAGGAAGAGGCUGAACGGCUCCCACGUGGCUCUCUUCCACGGCUCCCGCGAGUCCCUGGACGCGGCGCCCAGCACCUCCCCCAGCUCGGCGCGCCCCAGGCCACCGCCUCUUCUGGAAAGGCGAGGUUCUGGGACUCUGCUGCUGGACCGCAUCUCGCACACCAGGCCCGGCUUCCUUCCCCCUUUAAACGUAAACCUGAACCCACCCAUCCCAGAUAUCAGGCCCGGCGGCAAACCUUCCUCUCCACUUGCCAGCGGCCUAAGAUCCAUGCUGCCCGUGGCUCCCAGCUCACCAAAGAGAUCGGACUCGAGGAGUCAAAAGAAACUACUCCGGAGGCACUCCAUGCAGGUCGAGCACGUGAAACAGCUGUCUGGCUUUGAGGAGAUCAUGGCCUAGACCCUUCCAGAGGGUCUCCACGUACCCGACGACAGGCACGAUAAUCUGGGCCAACACAGC